UCAGUUAGUCCUACAGCCGGGACCGCUGGGCGCGCGGCGGAACUAGUUCUUCGAGCAGGGCGAGCGCAGCAGCACUGAAUUACAUCAGAGCUCCUGGUUGUGGGAAUAUCUACCUGUGCGCGCGCCGGUAGAACGAAUCCACGAGGAUUUUCUCUCGCUUAAAAGGCGCGGUGAACGGACACGGGAGACGAGAAUCCGUGUCGGACCCCGGUCUGUCCUGUAUCCAGAUAAGUUUUUCUUUUUUGCACGCAGAAACCGAACUGCGUCCAAAGGGUUUCUUUCGAUUGUACUUCGGCGUGCCUGGUUUCGCAAAGAGGACCGUAAUCAACCAUGGCGAGACGUGACGGCCGAAAUUGGCGUGACUGCAGAAAAAUGAUCGGACUCCUCUGCCUGCUCGCGUCGAUUCUACGAGGCGGAGAGUCGACCCAGCGAGUGAAGGUGGAGCCAGAGGUGUCGUCAUAUCCGGGCCAGACUGUCAACCUGCGCUGUGCCUUCACCGAUUCUACUGGGAUUCAGCUCACGAUGGUCACGUGGAUCUACGAGCCGAAGGACGGCGAGCGAAUCAACAUCGCCGUGUUUCAUCCCAGCUUUGACCCCAACUACCCCGACUCGCCUCUGAAGGGAAGGGUCAGCUUCACCCCCAGCCCCCCGAACCUGAACAGUCCCUCCAUCCAGAUCAACGACGUCAUGAUGAGCGACGAGGGGAAGUACAUCUGCGAAUACGCCACCUACCCCAGUGGCAACGAACAGGGCAUCACCUACCUGGUCAUGCUGGCUAAGCCCCAGAACGCGGCCUCCGUCGUCACGGUGGUGGAAGGCUCUACCCCGGUGGUGGUGGCGCGCUGCGAGGCCGCCAACGGCCGCCCGGCGGCCCAGAUCAGCUGGGAGACCACGGCCCAGGGCAACGCCACGCUGGGGUCCAAGCCCGGCGUCAACAACACGGUGAACGUGACCAGCGAGUACCGCAUGGUCCCCACGCCGGACGACGACGGCCGAGAGAUCGCCUGCGUGGUGACGCACAGGACCCAGUCCAGAGCGGAGCGGUUCCCCAUGCAGCUGGUGGUUCAAUACGCCCCUCGGGUGAGCAUCGUGGGCUAUGACAAUAACUGGUACAGAGGUCGUACCAACGCGCUGCUCGUCUGCCAGGCCGGCGGAAACCCUGAACCCGUCUCCGUCCAGUGGAGGACCUUGUCAGGGGACGUGCCGGACACCGUGCAGAUCUCGGGCAAAGAGCUGAAGGUGCUGAAGGUGGACGACAACGUCAACACCACGUUUGUCUGCGAGGCCAAGAACAGCAUCGGCGUGAGGAGGGAGCAGGUCACGGCGAUGGUCCGAGAGCCCUCAGUGAACCCAUCCAAUGCCGGCGUGGUGGCGGGAGCUGUGAUUGGCUCCCUGCUGGCUCUCCUCUUGGUGGCCGCGCUCGUCGCCGUGCUCGUGACCCGUAGCCGCAGGCAGCAGCAGGGCUACCGCGCCAACGGCGGCAGCGACUUGAAGGCGCGCAUAUUCGGCGGCGGCAAGAAGGCCAGCAAGAACGGCACGGGGGGAGGCGCGGGCGGCGCGGGCGGCGGCGGGAACAACAACGGGCCCGUUUACGGGUACGACGGCGGCUCGUCCCACCAGGGCCUCGGCGAGAAGAACAACCACCACCAGCCGCUCACCGUGGGGGGCCAGGUGGCGACGCCCACGGCCCAAGACAUCCUGCUGGGCGCCGAACUGGACGACGCGGAGAGGAGGAAGUUCGACGAGCUGGCGGAGGAGGGCUACGACCGCUACCCCGGCGGCGCCCCCAUCCUCCAGCUCCGCCCCCCGCACGACGAAGACUACCUGGAUGACGGCAUGGAGUCCCAGCGCGACGGCUCCGUCAUCUCACGGACUGCAGUUUACGUGUAAAGGAGCACAAGAGGAGACGGAGCGGAGGACGCCUCCGGAGGAUUAUGUGGCUUUAGGGUCUUGUCCCGGUCUAUUGAUGCAGGAAGAGAAAAUAAAACCACGUUUAUUUUUUAAAAUUUUGAUUUUAAAUAUAAUCUAUUAUUAAUCACAGUGCAGCCCCGGGGUGGACUACGGUGUGGUGGGGAUAUUCGGAAUUUUCGCUGUUAUCUGCUCUCUCAGAACUGAAAAUCAAACAGAAAAGAAACAACAUUUCUCCCACCACUUGUGCUCAUGCUAUCCCUAUCACUGGGACCUUGACAAGGACUCUUGACAGACAGACAGACUAAAAGAGAGGAACUAUGUAGUGUGGGAGUAGUAUAAUGGAAUCAUGAUACAAGCCUGGCUAUGGAGGAGGCAUCGCACUUGCAUAUUCACUCUUAUCUCUACCAAAACAGUGGAAGUGGAAGGGGUUGUCAAGCAGUUAUGUUUUGCCUGCUAUUCUCAGUGCUCCUGUGGGAAACCUUUUGUCUGGCUAAUGCGUUGUGCUGUGACAGCUUGUGGGUAGUUAGUAGCUGGUGACGGGUUGGGUGGGAGCCCUUUGAAGGUAUAGACGCCAACAAUCAGGUGAUUUACAGACGGAGCGUGUUUGUUCCCGUUCCUUCGCGCUCGCUUUUUCCUCAAAGUAAGAAACGAGAACAAAAAAAAAACUCUCUUUGCCAACGAUCAUCCACAGUAGACACGUCUGAGUGUACAAAUUCUCUAAAAAGAACAGGCGCGAGCGCGGCGGAGUUUACCACAGCGAGUUCGGACCAACUUCCUAACAAGGUAUUCGCAUGCAAACUUUUGAACUGCGCCUGGAGGUGGGAGACAGUAAACAAGCGAUGAAGGGAUGAGGUGCAGCUGAUCUGACAGGGUCAAGGGAUGGAGCGAGGGAUGGGGGAGGACGAGGGAGGAGCGCACCGCCGCCUCCUCCUCCUCCUCCUCCUCCUCCUCCUCCUCCUCCUCCUCCUCCUCAUCUCGUCAGAGUGCUCCUGACAGGAGGAGCCUGAUUGGUAAUGAGGCGUGAAGUCGCUCGCUUAGCUGGGACCAACAGAUUGCCACUGCUUAUCGCGUGUGAUGUGGUGGACCCCCCCCCCCCCCCCCUUUACUCCUCUCCGAGUGUUUGUGGGAAGUUUAUGAUUUAUCCAGGGCGGCGUUGAGGUCAGGGCGAUGGAGAGCAGGGGAGUAUUUUACUGCCCCUGACGUGUCAAACGCACCACUUACCGUGUUCCAGCGCGGCCGGUCCUGACAUAUCAGCGCCUCGUAAUCCACCUGGAGUGGUCAUGUUCACCCUGCCGCACAACCCCCCCCCCCCCCCCCCCCCCCCCCCCCCAAACCCUCCACUUUAGUAAAUGGCCGGAUGUAACAGAACCCCACCUCCAUACACGUCCAUGUGAGGCCUGAUGGCUCUUCAAUAGAAUCAUGUUGGAUUUCUCUCCAUCAACUGAUACUAUUAAAUGUUGGGAAUUGAUCGGCUCACAUGAAAGGACCGCGUCCGCCGCUAAGCUUUGGGGGUCGUAUUGACUAACAGGCAGCAGGCGGUGAAAUUGCCCUUUGUGACGCCGCUUCGGGGCAGAUCGUCUCCUGCCUUGUUAAUUUCUUCCCCCUAACGAGCGACUGGAAGCUGCGUAAAUAUUCCCCCACAGUUGCUGUCGAGGGCCUCGCUGCCUGCGUCUGCGCAUGCGUCUGCGCCUGCAUAUGCGUCUGCGCCUGCAUAUGCGUCUGCGCCUGCAUAUGCGUCCGCGCCUGCAUAUGCGUCUGCGCCUGCAUAUGCGUCUGCAUAUGCGCCUGCAGCCGCUCGAUGACUGGAACGGCCAAUCCUGGAGGGGAGGGGCUGCUGUUUGGGCCUCCUGAUCUCCCCUUGACGCCGCCCGGGUGCUGCUCUUGUAAUAACAGCCUCGCUGACCCCUGACCCCUGAGGCCCAGGUUGGACCGGGGCUUUGCGGCUUCCUGCGGGUCGCGGGGGCAAAUGCAGGGCGGUCCGACGCCAAAGGCAACGCGCGGCCGGCGUGUCUGAUAAGUGGCCGUUUUCAGCCCUGAACCGUAAAAGGGGAGCAGGUGUGCGGCUUUAGUUGGAGCGUCCUUGUUGUCGGCCGUUAACCUUCGGCGCGACGGAGACGCGGGCCCUGAAUAGACGCAGCGCUGGGCGUUUGAGCGCCGACUGGCUUAUUGUGAGCUCUGUUGUCUUAUGGCCUUAGCUCAAACAGGCGGCUGCACCCCAUUUACACCACGUCGCUCAUUCGCCACCAACCUCUGGAAGUACGACUUUUUGCACUUGUGCGCGUAACCACGACAAGGAGAAAUGUGAGCGGGUGGAAAAAAGUAGCAACAAGGGACUAAACUGUAUGUACAUUUUGGUGUGAGGUGUCUGUGUACUAUAUGUGUAAGCCUCUUCUUUUUCUUGUGAAAAUGUGGAUAUUUAUGAAAAUGUAAAUAUCGGAUCGAUGGAGCCUGUGUCGCCAGUGUUGUGGAGGAUUUCUGAUUUUGGGUGAGCCUGAAGUUCAAACAUCUCAGAUGUGAUUCAGAAUGUACCUUUUUGACAAAUCCUUCAGUAGUUCGGGUGUUUCCACGCACUCGACUCACUGAGCUUAGUUUACCUGAAGCGUAUGAGCUGAUUUGUACUGGGGGGGGGGGUACAUAUGCUUCUGUAAUUUCCUUUUUCUUUUAUUUAUUUAUUUUUUGGUCAAGUUAGCAUCGCCUGCAUUCCCACACAAUAAGCACACGCUGUUUUUUGCACAGUUGGCUUCUCUUUGACUGACACCCGGCGCAAUGCGAAAAUACACGCGGCGCUCCUGAUUUAUCAGGUGGAGCGUGGCCGGGCGGGCGGUGGGCCGCGGCGCCUCCGAGUGAGCUGCUUCGGCACGUCGGGUCUGUAACCUGAGUAGCCACCGUCACACACACACACACACACACACACACACACACACACUGUACGUAUGCAUACGCGGAAUGUAGAGAAACAUUCGCCCACACACAAACUCCCCUCAGUCACUCUCAUUAUGCUCACUCCCACAGCCAAACUGUGCAGAAGACACCUCAUACCUGACAACUCUGCCAUCUCCUGACACAAACCCACACAAAUACGCUCACGUAGCUGCGCGCACACACGCGCUCACACAAACUCUCUUCUCUCUCUCCACUUCUUGUUUGGUGGCUCUGUCAGGGCAGAUAUUGUGUCCUGUUAGUGUGGAAGGAGCCGGAGCAUGAUGUGUCCACUGCUUUCUAUCCACUAACAGUCCAGCUCGUCCCCGAAUCAAUUUCUAUGUAGACACAGCGACACAGUCAAAGACACACUUUCAACCCGAUGUCAGAGAAACUGGCUUUUUAGGAAACAGUUUGUCCAUCUUCUUUUAUUCCACCGGGGAAAGAGAGCUUUCAUGAAAUGACCUCCUCCUCCUCCUGGAUCCCCUUGAAUGCUUUUAGAGUCGCGGCUUCCUACUCGUCUCCAAAAUGCUGUUUUCGACUUCUCUCGCUCGGCCGACACGACCGCCUCCGCAGACACACACACUAUUGCCACCCACAUCAGCACCCAAGUAAGGCUUGUCAGACAAACUGCUUUAGUAGAAACUCAUGAUCCUGGCCCAGGUCUAGCUCAAGGUUAGACGCUGCUUUUUUCCCCUCAGUAAGUCACUUACUGUUGCUGUUUCUUCAGUUCCAAACAUCUGAUGACUGAUCAAAGCCUUAACAUCCCCCAUCUCACCCACAUGGAAAAAAGAGACAAAACCUUCCUGUGUACAUAGUAUAAAUAUAUAAAUAUGUAGCAGAGAAAAGAAUUACUAAUUUAUGGUGUCACGUUUGUGUAUUUCUCAGUGACAGAAAGCAUGAAGGAUUUAUUUUCUCCUAUUACAGUUUCUCCUAUUUUGUUAUUUUGCAGUGCUUUAUAAUUUAUGUUUUCUGAGUGCUUUAUUCUUGACUGCUGCGCUGUGAUUGCUGCCAAAUCUGGCAAAUGUGCUUCUUCUAUACACAUGAACUGUACACGCGACGGAACAGUCUUACCCCAAAUGUGCUUUUUAUUAUUGACUGUGUAAAAGUUGUUUUUAUUUUUCAUUUUUUUGUAUAUUUUUUUAAUUUCCAAUUUAUUUCAUUCUUUGAAAAGGUAAAAGAAAAAACAGUGUAGAAUUGUUGUCACCAUUUCUGUCGUGUCUUUUUAUCAUCUUUUUUCACAUUUGGUUGCUAUUAAAGAUUUCUUGAUUUUUGAAA